UCAAAUUAGCACAAAUCCUCCACACUCACAGGAGGGAUGAGGGCACUGCAAAGUAGAGUGUCAACUCCUCUAAAUUUAGGACGGUUUUGCCCCUCCUCCCACCCACUCUCUGUAAAGCCCCCAUUUCUUGUUCGUCUUCUUCCGCCAACCCAAUACCCGCCUCUUCAAAACUCAAUUCCCCACAAACCCAAUUCCUCCUUUUCAUUUGGUUCUUCGAUAAGAGCAUCAAUGGCUUCUUCUACAACGCCACCCACAGGCGCAGAGGCAGAGAUCAAACCUUUCUCUGUGCUCUUUGUGUGCUUGGGCAACAUCUGCAGAAGCCCAGCUGCUGAAGGAGUCUUCAGAGACUUGGUCAAGAAAAGGGGUUUGGAUUCCAAAUUCUACAUUGAUUCUGCUGGCACCAUUAACUACCAUGAGGGAAAUCAAGCGGACCCAAGAAUGCGAGCGGCCUCUAAAAGUCGUGGGAUUGAGAUAACAUCUAUAUCGAGGCCCAUCCGGCUGUCUGAUUUUAGAGAUUUCGAUAUCAUUCUUGCAAUGGACAGGCAAAACAGAGAGGAUAUAUUGGAGGCUUUUAAUAGGUGGAAAUUUAAAGAAACCCUCCCUGCUGAUGCACACAAAAAGGUGAAGUUAAUGUGCUCCUAUUGUAAGGAACAUGAUGAAACUGAAGUCCCGGAUCCUUACUAUGGUGGACCUCAAGGUUUUGAGAAGGUUUUAGAUUUGCUUGAAGAUGCUUGUGGAUCAUUGUUGGAUAGCAUCUUGGCAGAAAACAAAAACAUUUUGGAUUCUUAGCAACUGGUUGAAAACCAGUUGAUCUUCUCCUGUAGAAGAUAGAUGAGAGAACUGUAUUCUUUACUGUAUAAUCCUCUUCUAUUGGUAUGUAAAGUAUUUACAUCUGACCCACCACAUUCAUGUUAAGCCCAAAGUACCCUCAUUAUGGAUUUCUUUUUUUCUUUUUUCCUUUUUUCCAUCCAUAAAUUGGCUUAUGGUACUUCUUGAA